AUGGAGAACGAUGAUCGGGCGCCUGACCGGCAAGACUCAACCCGCUCCAAUAUGUCCAAGAACAGCUCAACCUCGUCCUGGUCCUUUGCAGAUGCCCCUAUCGAACGACAUCCAGAGCCCCGAUAUCGUUCUGGAUCUGGUCGGAAUCGUAGCCUGCCACCAAACUCACGCCCCUCGGACAGGAUUUCUAUGUUCGGUCCUGUUAUGGAGCCCGAGUGUUCCGCCGGCACUUCAGUCCAUCCAUCAGCAGGGCCUGAGCAUAGUUACGACCAAACCUUCGCAUCAUUCCAAUCUUCAACAACAUCGGGACAUCGCUAUGGCCCAGAUACCACGGUGGGUGCCUGCCUCAUACCGCAGGUAGAGAAGGAGCCGGAUGACCCAACGGCACCAGCUUCGACCACCCGAUCAGGCUCCUCCACAUUGACGGCACUGAACAGAUUGUUCGCUGUGCAGGCAGGUGCUUCGCCGGACCACUCUCGCAACCCGUCAUAUGUUGCUCCAGCUCGUCGGCCAUCGUCUUAUCGACGUGCUGCACGCUCGCCGGCUGCGUUGUCAGAUCAUCUCUACAAGCGUGGAUUUUUAGAUGGGCGACAUUCUGAUAUCACUGUGCACGCAUUCGGCCAGCAAUACAAACUUCACAGGCUGAUACUCGAUCGAGCGCCGUUCUUUUCGAGUGCUUUGACUGAGCCAUGGCUAGAGGCUAGUUCGAAAGAAAUGACCAUCCACCCAGAGGACAUCGAUUCUUCCAUCACACAAGUAGCUUUUGAGCUAGCUAUAAAGAGGCUAUAUGGUUUUGUCAGUGUUGUAGAAGAAGAUCAGCACUCGGUCGCUUUGUUUGCGACUGGAUGUUGGCUCGAAAUGCAGGAUCUGAUCGAUUCUUCGGUAUCAUCGAUUCUGCGACAAAUGACGCCUGAGACACUUUCGUUCUUGAUCACGAUGGUCACUAGCAACUAUUACGGUCGAGCUGGGGACAAGAUCCUUGCCAGUGCCAAGUCCAUGCUGUGUAGGGAUGGGUGGAAGAUGUCCCUGCGGUCUUGGAAUGGCAUUCCGGGUGAUAUUGUUCGGGAGAUCGUUGGCGGGGACGGGUUCUUCAUUGAUGGCGAAUGGGAUCGAUGGGUGCUAGCGAAGCGAAUACUGGACGCACGACUCAAAACAAAAGCAAUCUCGGCCGGCUUGAUAGUGCCUGGAACUCAGCGACGAGUCCAGAAAGCUCCGGAUGCUGCCAAUCUUCUCGCAGUUCGUUUUGACGCUGUCUACCGAAGGAGUUCUGCAGGUACUGGCAGAGGGGUUCCUGACGGUCUUCAGAAAUGGAUCAUACCCUACACUGACCCGGAUGUAGAGCCUUUGCUUGUGCUACUGGACGAGGGCAUUCACUAUAUGCAUUUGGACUUCGAACAGCUGCAAUACAUUCGCAGCGCGAGAGAUAUCUUGGGACUACCUGUCAUCCCUGAGAAGGUCAUCAGCAGCUCUUUGUGGCAGCAGAUGGAGCUGAGGCAGAAGAUCACAAACGCGAAAGAGAUAGACCUCGAGCUUGGAUUGAGCAUAGAGAGCAGCGAGGAUCUGGCUGCGACCGCGAAUCGAGAUACAACAAUGUCAAUAGCCUCAAGCUCCGAAUCUGCGAUUGCCAAAGGGAAGCGCAGAGCUGUCGAUCCGGAUGAGGAUAUCGAGGAGAUUGACAGCGGCUCCUGGGAUGGAAAUGGAAGAGCGCGAAAAUUUUGGAUACCUUCAUCAGAUUGUAACAUCGUCAUGGGUGGUAACGUCGACCCAAUCGUUGCGACCUCGCCUAACAGCAGUACCAUGCAGCGACAUGCGAGUCGAUUCAGUGCAACGAUCCAGCCCGAGGACGUCCAGUGGGCUUCCGACUUUGCAGCCGCCUCAGCACAACCCAGACCUUCAACCGCUGUGGGAGAGAGUGACGCUGAAGGCUCGAGUGAGCCAAUGAGUAUCAGAUAUACCCAUUUACCACCUUUCAGAUUCGCCGCUGAAUUCCCGAAUCCUCGCCUGCUGAAAGAGAAGAAACGGGUGUACAGCAGGACCGUGUUCUACGCAGGGUCUUUGUGGAACAUCUACAUUCAGAAAGUGGCGUCAUCUCGGAGUAAGCAGCUCGGGGUAUAUCUGCAUCGCGCAAAAGAGCGAGAGACCGAAGAGGUAAUCGCUGGGACAGCUGGUCUUGCGCAAGGCAGCGUGGAUGAGCGUAUUGGCCAACUUGAGCGCGCUAUGAUCCUUCGAAGCGAGCAUCGCGAACACAGACAGCACAGAAGAACGACACUUGGUUCAGAAGGUCCGGACGGGGACGGUGCGGAGAGCAGUGGGAGUGCUGGCUUCGAAGACGGUCCACUUGGCGGAGCACACCCUGAAGGCAGCGCAAGCGCCCGAGCCAACACCAUGCGCAGCUUCCUAUCGCGCGGGCACCGUAAGACAAGCCAGACAGAUGUUGGGGACCAAUCGCUUGCAGACGAGUACCCCGUGGGAGAAGUGCGUGGACCCCGUUCCGACUUGGACAGUGAAGACUCCGACAACGAAUACGAUGACCCCAGGGAAGCGUCCAAUGGAUUCCACGUACCAACGCUGCCGCCUUAUGUUGAUGCCAGACCAACUAUCAAGACAUACUUCAAGAUCUACAGCCCUUCACGCGGGGGGAGGAUGAUCUCUGUCUAUGAGAGUGCUCCUGAUCGCUUCAACUAUAGUCAGUCGUGGGGCUGGAAAAGUAGUACCCUAAUGCUUGACGAAGGGCUUCUUGGCGAUGACUUGGAGGAUACCAAGGAUGACCCUGAUGCCACACCAGUCGAAAGGGAUGCGGUGAGGAGGACGAUGAAGAAUCAAGGCGACGGGCGCCUGCGCUUUGCAGUCGUGAUUGGUAAUAUAUAA